AGUGGGAGGGAAAGGAGGGAAUGUGGAGAACAGGAAAGAUGUCUGUGGGAGGAGAAACGGGAGGAGAGAACUUUGAAUGUGAUUUGAAACCAAGAAACAAGUGCACAUGACUUAUCAGAGAGAACCUGGUGUUUGUGCGUGUUAUCUGCGUGUAUUGGGUUCCUCACACUGAUUGGCACACUAGCGGCAGCACUAGCAGCGUGGGCAUGCAGUGGGUGGUGAGCUUGAUGCCACGGACAUAACUGGAUGGGCUGCUGAAGGAGUUCCCAGGUUUUUCCUAUUGCUAUACAAACUAUCCAUCUGCCCUGCAAGGUGAUCGCAUGUGUGUUCCCCGAUAGACUGGUGGUUACCCUGGGGAAUAUACGGCCAGCCCGGCAUUAGCGAUUGAUUGGGAAUCGGGCUGCAGUCACAGGAGAGAAUGCCACAAACGCCAAGCUUGGUAACCAUGUUUGACAGUGGUACUUACAGCCAGGACUUGUAUCAGUCUAAAGAAGAGAGUUGCUCUGAUCUGUAUUACCAGGAUAACAACCUGCUAUCUGGCUCCCUUGAAGCUCUCAUCCAACACUUGGUGCCCAAUGUGGAUUACUAUCCGGAUAGAACAUACAUCUUUACUUUUCUUCUCAGCUCUCGACUCUUUAUUCAUCCUUUUGAAUUAAUGGCUAAAGUUGGUCACGUUUGCAUAGAGCAGCAGCGACUAAACGAAGCAGGAACUGAUAAGAACCAAGUGAAGAAAUUUGCUCCUAAAAUCCUUCAGUUGCUGACAGAGUGGACCGAGACUUUUCCUUAUGACUUCAGGGAUGAGAGGAUGAUGAGGAAUCUAAAAGACACGGCUCACUGCAUUACACAUAAGGAUGAGACGUACAGAAAAAAUGUUCAGCAGAUCAUACAGAAUCUGAUCCGGAAGCUGGCUGCAUUGAGUCAGUAUGAGGAACUUAUUGCAAAAAUCAAUGCCCAGUCUGCUGAUCGUAUGGCCAUACUGAAGAGUAAGCCACAGUCCAUACAGAGGGAUAUCAUCACCAUCUGUAGUGACCCCUAUACUUUAGCUCAGCAGCUAACUCACGUAGAGCUGGAGAGACUAAGUUAUAUUGGGCCAGAGGAGUUUGUACAAGCUUUUGUGCAGAAGGAUCCGCUGGACCACAAUGAGAACGGUUACAGUGACAGGAAAAAGACAAGGAACCUGGAAGCCUAUGUAGAGUGGUUCAAUCGGUUGAGCUACCUUGUUGCCACAGAAAUCUGCAUGCCUGUUAAAAAGAAACAUAGAGCCCGGAUGAUUGAGUUCUUCAUUGAUGUGGCACGGGAAUGUUUCAACAUUGGAAACUUUAACUCUUUAAUGGCAAUCAUUUCUGGCAUGAACAUGAGCCCUGUCUCUCGGUUAAAGAAAACAUGGGCAAAAGUCAAGACUGCUAAGUUUGACGUUCUGGAGCAUCAAAUGGAUCCUUCCAGCAACUUUUACAAUUACAGAACAGCUCUGCGAGGGGCAGCUCAGCGGUCCCUAACUGCUCACAGCAGCCGAGAGAAGAUUGUGAUCCCAUUCUGCAGCCUGCUGAUUAAAGACCUCUACUUCCUGAACGAGGGCUGUACUAGUCGCCUCCCUAAUGGGCAUGUCAAUUUCGAGAAAUUCUGGGAGCUGGCAAAGCAAGUCAGUGAGUUUAUGGCAUGGAAGCAAGUUGAGUGUCCAUUUGAAAAAGAUCGGAAGAUCCUGCAUUAUGUCCUUACUGCCCCCAUAUUCAGUGAAGAUGGUCUUUAUCUGGCCUCGUAUGAGAAUGAGGGUCCUGAGAAUCACAUUGAAAAGGACAGAUGGAAAACUCUGAGGUCAGCACUUUUGGGCAGAGUUUAAUCUAUGAAGUCACUGCCAUGAAAAGACAGUUAUUUACGAAUCCACUUUACACCGAGUGGGAUUUGAGUGAUGGGAGCAGAACAGGCAGCUGAAGCUUUCCGACACAGCAGACGUGAAUCAAGACAUUUUGAGGGCAGACAGGCAGAUUAAAUGAAUUUCCACUGGCUUGACUGUGGUGCCAGCUAGGACAAAUAACAACUGGAUAUUUCACAGUUAUCCUUAUGCUGAGUUAUAUUUCCUCAGUCGCAUAUCGAUUCUUUACUGGAGUACACAUCCUGCUUAUCAGUCCACCCCAGCUGUUGCUCCUUCACAAUAAAAUAAAGUCACCAUGUUCUGGGCUGUAGCCACAAGGAGAACCUCAAGCAAAAGAAACAAAAAAUAUGUAUAGAAACACCGAACUCAUACCCACUCGCAGGCGGGGGUCCCCAACCAGGAAAGCUGAGCAGAUUAUUUGUGUUCUAAGUUUGUAGUUUACUGCUGGAAAGUAAACUGCCCACAAUGCGACUUAUGGGAAAUGUAAUCAUUAUUAAUUUAGAAAUGCAUAAUUUUAUUGCAUAGCUGAAGUCUAACUCUGAAAUACACGCUACAACGUAACAAAGUAAAUGGACUUACAAUAACUUUUUUUUACGAUUUUUUUUUUCUUCUUUUCCUGUUCUUAUGAUUUUCUCUUAUUUAUUACCGAAAGGUCUGUACAGAAUAAUGUGGUACAGAAGAAUUUGUGCACUGAGUGUAUUACUAUAGAGAAUGUAUUUUUCAUCACUCUCCAUUUUAUAUUGAUGCAUUUUUAUAAGUAGUAGCUUUCUACCAGUUUAUCUGUUUUUGGUCUACAAACCCCACCACAGCACCCAUCAGCUUGUUAGUAAUCAUGUCUUUAUGUACAGUAUGUGUUUGUAUGUCUAUAUACGUGUGUGUGUGUAUGUAUAUAUAUAUAUAUAUAUAUAUAUAUAUAUAUAAUAUUACACUGUACUCCAGGAGGGUAUUUCAUAGUUUCUUCAGUAAUUGGCCUGUAGGGAGUCAAAUUGGGUACUUAACUGCAGAGGAGAAAUGUUUGUAGUGUAUCAUAAAAUACAAAGUCUAUUUUGCUUCGAACUGCAAAUGAUGUGAGUAUAAAUAAUAAUAUUACACAAAUAAUUUAUUUUACUACUGCUACAUCAAUCUACUGGUCUUCCUUAACCCUGAAUUGACAAACAGACCUUGUUACCUCAUUUUUCCUUCCAAUGUGUUUGAAAAUGGUCAGAGCAUUGGAAGUAGUUAUGGUAUACUUUACUAUACAAUUUCAAUUUUUUUUUUUUUUUUUUAAAGCUUGCAUAAUCUUCCACUUAUGGACUAGUUAUUUUGUGCAUGUAUUAUAUGUAAAAGGUGAACGUGAAGUUGAAAAUAAAAUAUAUAUAUCAUGUGGUAUUGUAAACUACUAUACUUACUCAAUGAGGUGUUUUGUGACCAUAUUAAGGCCUGGGAGUUUAUUUACUAAGCGUCAUGUUAUAAAACCCUACUUCAGAUUGUGUUUUUGCAUGAAAUUUAAAGGGCAAUGCUUUUGCUAGCUGGGGUUUGCUAGUAAAAUCAUUUCCCUUUUAAAAUUUGGGCAUAGAUUAGUAAAUAUACCCCCUAAGGUUACAUGGAUAAGAAGAUAGUGGAUAUUAAUGAAUAAGCUAUAUAACUGAUUACAUCAUUACUCGACCACACUAAAACUAUAAAUUUACAGAUUAUCAUCCCCAUAUAAAGGUAUACUUUAUACAGACUCCUACAUAUGGUGUUUGAUCAUGCUUAUGGUUAAAGUAAACAGAAGAUUUUGAAAUAAUUGUCCUCUAAUUAAUUAAUAAAGAAACCUCAAACACACACAACCUAAAUGUAGAUUUAACCUUUGUCUGUAAUUCUUUUAAGCUAUUUGUGUAUGUAUGUCAAUAUACUAAAACAUUGUUUACAGAACGGAUAGAAAUAGAGAGGCCACUGUUUUAUUAAUAGAGCUAUGGACAGUUAAUUAUGUAUUUUGUCUAUGCAGAAAACACACUUUUGAAAUAUGAUGGGUGGUAAGUCAUGUAGUCGGGUUAUUGAUGCAUUUAAAAGAUAUUUACAUACUAAACUAAGGUCAAAUUCAGUGAGUAAAAUUGUUGGGAAAUGACAUGCUGAUAUAUUCCUCAGACACAGUUCUUAGAAUUUCCAUAAUCAAUUUUAGGUACAUUUUGUGCACGCAUGAAAACUGCUGGGAAAUUAAUAUUCUGACUAGCAGCUGUUCAGACAAGACCUGAGACACCUCCCCACUACUUUGCAUGAAUACAUUCAAUGGCUCCCCAGAGGAGGGGGACAUUCUGUGCCCUGAAUAGAGGUGUAGCUGUGCAUUUAUUUCCUCUCUCCUCAAUCUCUAGACUAGAUGCCCGUAUUCACGGGCAGAUGUGGAGAGAGAUGUGUGCUGAGCGAACCACACGGCACACAUCUCUCCCCCCGCUCAGCACAGCGUGAUGUGUGCUGAGCGUGUCGGGAGGGAACGGGUGGGUGAAAUGAGCGCCUGCUAGAUUGAGCCUGCAUGCAGGCCAAUCUAGCACCAGCGAUAUCGACGCGUGGGGCUGCGCAUCGCUAUCGCUGUGGGGGCUACACACGGACAGAUCAUGCUUAAAAUCUAAGCAAUCUAGUCAGAUUUUUUUUUAUUUUUUUUAUAGAGGUGUACAGGUAAAUUAGGAAUGCUAAGUCCGCCGUAAUAGGUGAAUAUGUGAACACCUGGCAAUGUAUGCCACUAAUUAAAUCUACCCCUUACUGCCAAGCUCUAUGGGGCUUCAUUAGUGUACUCCGCCAAUGGCUGCUUCUACUGUUGGACGGUACCAGUGACAUGCGGUGGGGUGAGGCAGAGCCUUUCCUGUCAUACUAACGUUUGUGCCACAGUUUUAACUGUAUAAAGUGAAAUAUAUAUGAAAAAUACAAAGAAUAUGUUAUAAAUAUCUUCUUUGUAUUAUUCUAAUCAUUUUUAUAGUCAAAACUCUGGAGUUAAAAGUCUAUGACCGGUGAAGCACUGUCUCACCUGCCUAUCUUCUACACAUCUCUGAUCAAAACCGACCAAAUUUCCAGGAGUUCAUACUGUUGCACCUUUGCAUAAUGCCCACAUGUACCCUUUGACUCCUAUAUUGUGUGUAAAUAUGGCUCUGGUACUAGCCAGUGCCUCCUGAGUAAUUUACCUCACCGCACAUCCCUUACAGUACCCAUUGGAGCAGAUGUAUUAAGCCUGCAGAAGUGAUAAAGCAGUGAUAAGUGCCAGGUGAUAACGCAUCAGCCAAACAGGUCCAAUAUGAAAAUUAACAGGAGCUGAUUGGCUGGUGCAUUAUCACCUUGCACUUCUCACUGCCUAAUACAUCUGUCCCAUUGUCUGAUAACAUAUCUGUCUGCUAUGUAAACUUGUACAGUAUAUCAGUAAACUUUCUUUUUCUGUUGUUACACAAGUGGAAGUAAAAAGACAAUCUAGCAGGUAGAUAAGGCCCCUUAUUAACAAAUCCAUUACUCAUUCUCAAGAACAUGUCACCGUAAACUGAAUUAACCACUUCACUACAUUACAUGAAAUAUUACUAGUAACUUCAAAGUACAUCUCUCAACCAAGCCUUGUGUAUUUUUGCCUGUGUGAAUUUGUAAACAUUUCAGUGGUUGUGAUUUUAAGUAUUUUUUAACACCUCUAGAAAUUUGGGCAGAAUAAUCUAAUUUUUUUUUUUGUAACUUACACAUCAAGGAGUACAGUAAGUUAUUUCUAAUACAUGACACUCCUAGAACUGUGAGGUAAACCUUCAUAUCAUGAGCGGGAUGUACUAAGCGGAAAAUGCGGUAAACCCCCUGUUUACCGCAUUUUCCUGAUGUACUAUCCCCCGGACGCGAGGUCAGCACCGCGGCGGGGUUUGCCAGCUUUAGCUGGCGAUAGUCCAUAGAAGCCUAUGUGCUUCUCUCCGCGACGCUGUGUGAGGGAUCCAAUCGGAUCCCUCCCAGCAUGCUCUGCCCCUGUCACCCCACGCUUGCGCAGACUGACUUCUGGGGCCGAAUCCCGGAAGUCAGGCUGCCGCUGUGCAUCGCGGAGGACAGCUCUUAUCGGUAGAGCUGUCCUCCGCAACGCUGAUCGCAUAUGUUAGUACAUAUGCGAUCAGCAUCGUGGCGCUGGGCGGCGAUGUACAUUAGUACAUCCCGCCCCAUAUGUUAGUUUUGAUAGAAAAAAAGAGAAAGCUACAAUACCUAUACCACUCCAUUCUAAAUUCAGUUAUUUUUAUUUUUUAGAAAAAGUUCUAACUAUUUGUGAAUAACCAUAACAAAAGUGUAUUAUCUGGCAAUGCAUGGUACAGGGUCACUAUGCCAUUUUGUUUUCCUCCUGUACUGUAUUGUAAUUAGCAGGUACUAUAGUGAAUGAGCGGUCUACAGUAUGGAAAGAUUAAGGUGUGUGUAUAUAUAUAUAAUUGCAAUGUAUUUUGCAUCGCUUAUAAAAUGCAUUUAUAAUUUAUGUAGUUGGAUUGAGACCGUAAAUAAAAGUAAAUUGCAUUGUAUAAA